UGAAAAUAUCUGCUUAUUUUCAUCGCUUUGAAAGAUCUCUACGGAGAUGAUGACGGCCAACAUCUUGAAGCCACACUGGUCCCGCUUUCUUGGCCCCCAAUCUCCAGAUCCAAAGUCCUUCAAGUACGAAUCUCAUUCCCGAGCUAUAUUCUCGUCACCGUAUGGAUCGUUUCCGCCGACGCCUCCAGAUCUCAAUAUCCAUGAGUUCUGCUUUCCGCCAAACAACCUGCUGCCACCGGACUAUGACCUCUUCAUCAAUGCUGUGACGGACGAGCGCGUGACUCUGCAUCAAUUCUACGCCCGAGUAUGCGCUCUGGCACGGGUUCUACGACACGACGGACCAAAUCCGUUGGAGUUGAGAAAGAGCCCUGUCGAUGAUAAAGAAGAUGGAGAGAUCAUUGGGCUAUUCUCAAGAAACCAUAUUCACUACCCCAUGCUUGCGCAUGCUUGUUUCCGCGCUGAACUCGUCUUCGGGGGAAUCAGUCCUGCGUCUACACCUUACGAGCUAUGGUGGGUAUUGCGUAAGAUGCAGAUAACAAGCUUCGUGUGCCACGAGACUCUCCUCCCUAUCCUUCGCGAAGCGAUGAAUCUUGGUAGCGGGGAAGCCGACAAAGGGUGUUCCUUGCUUCUUGUUCUCGACCCUAGAAAUAUUAUCAUUCUCAGCGACGACCCCAAUCUUGACACCAUUUCUGGUUACCGAACCGUUGAGUCCUUUGUUCGCUAUGGUAACAAUUUGCCAGAAGUAUCUAGGAAGCUUCUGGGUGGAGAUAGAAUGGCAUACCUGUUCCAAUCAUCCGGGACAUCUGGCCUUCCCAAAGCAAUGAUGAUAUCGCACAAAAACGGAAUCCACAGCGGUCUCCAAGGCAUGAUCACCGGUACGCAAGGUGCGCGGUUCAUGGGUGUCGAGCCCCUCCAGCCCCAGCGUGUAUUGGGCGUUGUUCCAGCGUAUCACUCCUACGGCAUGAUUCUCUGGAUUCUAAGAAUCAAUCUAAUGCAAUUGACAAAUGUCAUGCUGCCGAAAUGGGAUAUCGAACUCGGGCUGGAGAGUAUCCAAAAAUAUAAACUCACACUCUUACCUCUAGUUCCCCCGCUAGUGCGACAAUUAGCACAGAGCCCGUUGACUGAAAAAUACGAUCUUAGCUCUGUGGUUGGAGCAGCGUCGGGUGCGGCAUAUCUUCCACCAGAUGUUGCCUACCAGCUUGCAAAGAAACUACCGCAAGGAGCAAGGGCACCGAUUCCAAGCGGAUAUGGAUUGAGUGAGGCGGCCAGUAUAGCAAGCCCGGGGCCACCAGGCAUCUUUGGGCUUGAACCCGCACCUCCUGGGACGAUCGGAUAUCUUCUACCGGGAAUUGAAGCCCGGGUCGUGGAUCCUAACACAUUGAAAGAUGUCCCAAAGGGACAAAAAGGAGAGCUUUGGGCCCGCGGGAAGGUGGUUACCCCAGGGUAUUUCAAGGAUGCUAAAGCAACCGCGGAGAUUUUCACUGAACCCGGGUGGCUGAGGACAGGCGAUCUAGUAAUGCGAGAUGAAAAGGACCGGAUCCAUUAUCUUGAUCGGCUAAAAGAGAUGAUUAAGGUGAAGGGUCUGCAGGUUGCGGCAACCGAAGUCGAAGAUUGUUUGCUAGGGCAUCCGGAGGGAUUAGUAAGAGACGCCUGUGUAGCAGGUGUAGACAAUGGGCGUGGUGAUGGCAGUCUAUUCGUUAGAGCUUGGAUAGUAUUAACUGAUGAAGGCCAAAAGCAGGGAGAGGGACCGGUGGCAAAAAAGCUAGACCAGUGGGUAAGACAGCGACUAAGCAGACACAAGUGGUUGACGGGCGGUGUGGAAACAGUCGAUUCAAUUCCAAGAACACCGUCGGGCAAAAUGUUGAGAAGAGAAAUGAGAGACCGGUAUCAAGCAAGGAUGAAGGCUCAAGUAAGGAGUAAUCUUUAAGCACUGAAGCUACGGUUAGAUGUACCCUAAGUAGACAUCGAACACGAUCAAUUCGAUAGACAUCAGGAAUCAGAGUAGCUACCACCAGGCCCUGUUCAGCUAAAUAAUCUUUGGAGAAUUAAGCGGAGGUCGGGUGAUAAACUA